AUGAGCUCAUCCCCGCCGCCAUCCUCGCCGCCAUUGCGAGUAGCGCCACCGAGAGUCGGCGAGGAGUUCCCGUCCGCGUGCGGGCCGUGCGCGCCUUUGGGCAUCCGGCCGUCCCCGCCUGGGUCGCCGAGGCUCGUGGCGGGCAGCGGUCCACCAAGCGCCAGCCUCGAGGUGGUCACCUACAACCUCUUCUGGUGGAAUGUCGCUCAGAACAACAACUGGGACGCCCUGUAUAGGAAAGUAGACUCCCAGAGCUUCGAAUUGAUCGGCUUCCAGGAGUGCGACAAUGUCGGCCAGAUCAUCAACGGGGUCGGGCGAAUGCGAGGCAGGUUUGACUCAUACACGCCUCCAGGCAUGCCAAUCAACCCAGUCGCGUGGGACAGCGAAAAGUUUGAGCAGCUGGACGCGGGCUGGCGCCAGAUCGGCUCCGAUCGGUGGGGCGUACGCAUCACAUCCUGGGUCAGGCUCAUCGCACGUGCGACGGGAGCGACAGUCUUCUUUGCUAACACGCAUGGUCCAGCUGACGGAGGCACCGCCAACCCUCCCAUGUGCUCGACGGCCCUCGGAGAGAACUGGUGGGGCGCCGUGACCGACAACAUCGUUCCCGGAGACAUGCUAGUCUACACGGGCGAUUUCAACUGCGGCGCAGGCUCCGCCGCUGUCAACAUGCUCGACGACGCUGCCGGGCUCAACCUGGUGGCAAACGGCGGGAUCGAUAUGAUCUUCACAAACGGCGCCGAGGCCACCUCAUGGCGCUCGGUGAAUGGCUACCUCAGCGACCACCCCCUCGUCGCCGUCAAUGAAUUUCCAAGCGAGUGUGGCGCAUGCAAUCCAACUGCUGCCUCCGCUCCCAUCGAGUCCCUCUGGAAUACUCUGGCGACGGACGCAGGCGGGCAGUACUCGUGUGGCAGCCGCAUCUCGUGGCUUCGCAGCGCCAACGGGGGCGGUAUGGUGGAGACGGCUGCGUGCGAGCGAGUCGCUAGUGUGGAGUUUCCGGCCGAGUGCGGCGGCUGCGACCCCGCCGGCCAGCCCGCCACGUGGACGCUGCACGCCUCGACCAACUGCUACGCCGGCUUUGGCGCGGAGGACCUCGAGACGCCGGGCGGGAGUCCGUGUUGUACUUUUCUGCUUUGCGCAGCGGUCGUCGUCACGUCGACUUCGCCGCUGCUCUGCUACCGACGCGGGUAUGUGGAGCUUUCCUCCUGCGUGGCCGACUAUGUUGGCUACGACACGUACAUCAUGCCAAGUGUGCCGCCCCCUGAUGGCGGUGGCGGCGGUGACGGGGUGCAGCUCAAGGCAAUGUCCUUCAACGUCCGAUUUGCAGAGCAGUCGCCGGAGCGAAACGCCCAACUGGCGGCCGCCAUCGCUCAGCAGCGGCCCGACUGGGCGGCUGACGCACCCGCUCAGCUCUGGGACGGUGACAUCCUCUACCGCGCCGGCACGUGGUCUGUUGUGCAGGACGGCGCGGUCCCUUACGACAGAACUCGGGCCAUGUCAUGGGCACGGCUUCGCCAUGCCGCCACCGCAAGUGACCUGCUCGUCUACGGCAUGCACCAACUGCCGGGCGGGGAGGAGGUGUGGGGCUAUCACGAGCAGAACGCGGUAAUGAUUGCGAACCACGCGGCGGCGGAGAAGGCUGCUGGCGGCGACGCGCCGGUGCUGCUACUCGGUGACCUCAACGAGGACUCACCCUCAAACCCAGCGCCAUCGAGCCUCACGGGAGGCGGCCUCGCCGUCACCUUCACAUUGGCGCACCACAACUGGGUCGACUACAUCUACACCGAGGAGGGGCGAUUCGGGGUCAUCGCCACCGCCACCGUCGCCGAUGCGCCGGGCGGCUCCGACCACCAGCCGAUCGUCGCCGUUGCGACCUGCGGCGACCGAAUACAAUGGGUGAUCGACAAUCUAGGCAAGAGCGAGGCUGACGCGUGCCAGCAGGUGGGCGAGGAGUUUUCGCCGCUGUGCGGACUGUGUGCACCGCAGGGGAUUCGCCCGUCACCGCCGCCGCCGCCGAGGUUCCCGGUCGGGACCGGGACCCUUCGCGUCCUCUCCUUCAACAUCCUGUUCUCGGCCGACGGGCAGUGGAACUGGGCCAACCGGGGCGACAAUAUCCUCGAGAUGAUUGACCUUCUCGACCCGGACCUGAUCGGCCUCCAGGAAAACGACGCGCGGAAUCCGGCGGGUGGGGCGAGCCACGGCUUCUAUCCCUCUUCGCGGCUCGUGCAGGACCGGCCGGUCUACGCGGCAGUCUCGGGUGGCGGCGACAUGGUCAACACGAUCCUGUACAAGGCUGACCGCUUCACGGUGAGGGGCUCGGGCCGGACGACGCUCUCCGACUUCGUCCCCUGGCGCCACGUGGGUUGGGCGCUCUUUCACGACGGCCUGACUGGGCAGCAUCUUUACCACUACAACACGCACCGGAACCACUACGACGCCGACGCCGACGGCUGGUUGGGGCACGGCCUCCGCAUGAUGGAGACCAUACGCAGUCGGGCCUUUCCCCAGUAUCCUCUGGUUGCAACAGGGGACUUCAACUGCCACUUCAAGAACUAUUUGAGGGGCGAGUGGGCGGCCCAGCCCAACCCCUUGCCCAUGCGCGACACCUGGCAGGACAUCCAUGGCGAGAGCUACGAUGGAGCGGGCUCGUACGGCAGCCCGCAGGGCAAACACCGAAUCGACUUUGUCUUUGCGCCGGUGGGCCAGUUUACUACGCUCGACGCUGAGGUGUUUUGGAACGCGAAAGUCAUCUCAGACCACCUCCCAGUCCUCGCAGUCCUCGCAUACUGA